CGCAGGGGAAAGAGUUCACGGGCUCACUAGAGCCCAUCGCCAGUGGACUGUUCCGAGCUGCAGCCCACCCCUCUCUCUCUGCAGUAUGCAUGUUCGCCAGGGAGUCCGCGAAGCCCUCACGUCCCAACUCUGCACUGCUUCACCGGCCGGCCACCACCACCAGCAGCAGCAGCUCAGCCAGGGCGGACGGUAAUAAGACGUGGAUGCGGCGGCAGAAAGGCGGAGAUCCCCGGAGUGAGCGCAGGAACGAGCGGACUUCCCAACAGGACUUCCAGGCUGCCCGGGUCUCUCUCCUCUGAAUUUAGACAACAUGCAUGUGCUCCUCUGGGGCUUGGGGUUCCUGCUAUUCCCUGAUCUCUUGAAUGUAGUCGCAUCCACAGGGAGAUUGCUCCGGAGUUCAAGCGCAGCACCAGAGGAGCUGGCUGCGUAUGAGAUUGUAACUCCGGUGCGAGUGAAUGAAGCCGGUGACAGGCUUCCAGCCGGCGUGCACUUCAAGAGGAAAAGACGGAGUUUGGACGAGGGCACCGGGAGCGCCGCGGAUCACUGGGCCGCUGCAAACAUCCACUACAGGAUAUCUGCUUUCGGGAAGAACUAUCACCUCAACCUCACGCUGGACUCGGGAUUUAUUGCGCCCGUUUACACUGUGACGGUCCUCGGAGCGCCCCAAGGAGAUAACGGGACCGCUUUUGCAACAGAUGCGGAAAGGGAAGAGGAGGAGGAGGAGGAGGAGGAAGAGGAGGACACGGAGUUAAGGCACUGCUUCUAUAGAGGACAUGUGAAUGCACAUGCACAACACGCCGCAGUCAUCAGUCUGUGCGCCGGCCUGUUUGGCACUUUCAGGUCUCCUGAGGGGGAGUAUUUUGUGGAGCCCCUGCACAGCUAUCAAGGGGAGCAGUAUGAAGAGGAACACACAAAACCUCAUAUCGUGUACAGGAAACUUUCAUCCGGGAAUCGCACAUCCGAAGAGACCUCAGCUUGUGACACUUCAGGACACAAACACAGGCACAAGAGGCAGAGGGCGAGGAGAAGACCGGCCCCCGUUGCCGGCAGCGCUUCCCCUCUGGUCGGCGCUGGCAUGCUCGACGACCUGGGGUCACUGAGCGCCAGCCUGACCGGUAGCGCUUGGCUCACAUCAGAGCGCGGCGUUGCUGGCAACAGGCCCUCAAAUGAUAGCGGAGGUGACUCAGGACCUCACAGGAGAUCAAAGCGCUUCCUCUCCUACCCGCGCUUUGUUGAAGUCAUGCUGGUCGCCGACAGCAAAAUGGUGGAGCAUCACGGCAGCAACCUGCAGCACUACAUACUCACACUGAUGUCUAUAGUCUCCUCCAUCUAUAAGGACCCAAGCAUCGGCAACCUGAUCAAUAUUGUGAUCGUCAAGUUAGUGAUAAUCAACAACGAGUUGGACGGCCCAGCUAUUUCGUUUAACGCACAGACCACUUUAAAGAACUUCUGCAUCUGGCAGCAGAACCAGAACGUCCCGGACGAUAACCACCCCUCCCAUCACGACACCGCCAUCCUUAUCACCAGGCAAGACAUCUGCAGAGCGAGGGAUAAGUGUGACACAUUAGGGCUCGCCGAGCUGGGGACGGUGUGUGAUCCGUACCGGAGCUGCAGCAUCAGUGAGGACAACGGGCUCAGCACCGCCUUCACCAUCGCCCACGAACUGGGCCAUGUGUUCAACAUGCCUCACGAUGACAGCAACAAGUGCAAGGAGGAUGGAGUGAAGUCGCAGCAGCAUGUCAUGGCUCCCACACUCAACUACAACACAAACCCUUGGAUGUGGUCCAAGUGUAGCAGGAAGUACAUCACAGAGUUCCUCGACACAGGAUAUGGUGAGUGCUUGCUCGACGAGCCCGUUUCUGGGCCGUACAGUCUGUCGAAGCAGCUGCCCGGGCGGAUAUACAGUGUCAAUAGACAGUGCGAAUUGAUAUUCGGGGCGGGAACGCAGGUGUGCCCUUACAUGACUCAGUGUCGGAGGUUGUGGUGCACGAGUCCAGAGGGCGCCCAGCGGGGCUGCAGGACCCAGCACAUGCCCUGGGCUGACGGCACCGACUGUGAACCUGGAAGGCAUUGCAAACACGGCCGGUGCAUUCCCAACGAGCACGACGCCUCGCCUGUGGACGGCGCGUGGGGGGUUUGGAGUCCGUUCGGUACGUGCAGCCGGACAUGCGGCGGCGGCAUAAAGAUUGCAAUGCGCGAAUGCAACCGACCAGUGCCACAGGGCGGAGGAAUGUAUUGCGUUGGUCGGCGGAUGAAGUUCCGUUCUUGCAACUCUGAGCCCUGCUCCAAGCAAAAGAAGGACUUCAGGGAGGAACAGUGUGCUGUUUUCGAUGGAAAGCACUUCAACAUCAACGGUCUACCUCCUAACGUCCGCUGGGUUCCCAAAUACAGCGGAAUUCUGAUGAAGGACAGAUGUAAGCUGUUCUGCAGGGUGGCGGGCAGCACUGCCUACUAUCAGCUCAGGGACAGGGUCAUCGAUGGCACGCCAUGCGGACCCGAUACCAACGACAUCUGCGUCCAGGGCCUGUGCAGGCAAGCGGGUUGUGAUCACGUCCUGAACUCUAAAGCCAGGAGAGAUAAGUGCGGCGUCUGCGGAGGUGACAACUCCUCCUGCAAAACUGUAGCAGGACCGUUCAACACUGUACGCUACGGCUAUAAUGAAGUGGUGCGAAUACCCAGUGGUGCUACAAACAUAGAUGUGCGACAACACAGCUACUCAGGGAAGCCGGAGGACGACAACUACCUCGCAAUAUCAAACAGCCGCGGAGAGUUCGUGCUCAACGGAGACUUUGUGGUGAGCAUGUUCAAAAGGGAAAUCAAAGUGGGAGACGCCGUCAUCGAGUACAGUGGCUCCGACCACGUCAUCGAGAGGAUCAACUGCACUGACCGCAUCGAUGAGGAGAUCAUUGUCCAGGUUCUCUCUGUUGGAAACCUUUACAACCCAGAUGUCAGUUACUCCUUUAAUAUCCCCAUAGAGGAUAAGCCUCAGCAGUUCUUCUGGGACGCUUACGGGCCCUGGCAGGAGUGCAGCCGCCUGUGCCAAGGAGAGCGCAAGCGUAAGAUUCUCUGCAGCCGAGAGUCGGACAGGGUGGUGGUGUCGGACCAGCGGUGCCACAGUUCAGCUCGGCCCGCUGCCAUCACUGAGCCCUGCAACACUGAAUGUGAAGUGAGAUGGCACGUGGCUCGUAAGAGCGAGUGCACAGCCCAGUGCGGCGUUGGAUAUCGCACUCUGGAACUAUACUGCGCCAAAAUCAGCCAGUCGGAUGGCAAGACCCAGAAAGUCGAUGACAGGUACUGCAGCGGGCAACGCAAACCUGACGACAGGGAAGGCUGCCAUGGAGAUUGUAACCCUGGUGGUGGCUGGGAUUACUCACCCUGGUCAGAGUGCUCAAAGAGCUGCGGCGGGGGCACUAGGCGUCGGGGCGCAGUGUGUCGAAAGUCGUCCGACGACGGCGACGACGACGAGAGCAAUUGCAGUCAGAGGGACAAACUGACCGUCCAAACCUGCAAUGAGUUCCUCUGUCCACAGUGGAAGACUGGUGACUGGUCUGAGUGCCUUGUAACAUGUGGGAAAGGCUACAGGCACCGACAGACAUGGUGCCAGUUUGGUGAGGACCGCCUGGAUGACCGCUUCUGUGGCGCAGCCAAACCCGAAUCGGUGCAGGCAUGCCAGCAGCAAGAGUGCGCCUCUUGGCAAGUUGGACCAUGGGGACAGUGCACUACGUCUUGCGGGCCAGGCUACCAGAUGCGAGCGGUGAAGUGUGUGGUGGGCUCCUACGGGGCUGUCAUGAACGACGCUGAAUGCAAUGCCGCCGCGCGACCCACUGAUACGCAGGACUGUGAAGUGGCCCAGUGUUCCGGCAGCCACCCUGUCCCCCCGGUAACCAAAGUCCCGUCUCACCAAGGCCACAGGACCCAGUGGAGGUUUGGUUCCUGGACUCAGUGUAGCGCCAGCUGCGGCAAAGGCACGCGGAUGCGCUAUGUGAGUUGCCGCGACAACCAGGGCGGCGUGGCAGAAGAGUCGGCGUGCGCGCACCUGACAAAACCGCCUGCCCGGGAAGUGUGCUCGGUUGUAGCCUGUGGACAGUGGAAAGUGCUGGAAUGGACAGCGUGCUCUGUGACGUGCGGCCAAGGGAAGACGACAAGAGAGGUGGUGUGCGUCAGCUUCAGCGACCAAGAGGUGAAUGCGAACGAGUGCGAUCCAGACGAUCGUCCAGCCACAGAGCAGGACUGCGCCUUGUCUCAGUGCCCGUCCCGUCCCAGCGAGUCCCUGCCUUUGCCGUCCUCACCGAACACCAUUACCAGGAGCAACGUGGCCCGCGGCCACUCCCACCAGUGGCGGACUGGACCGUGGGGAGCGUGCUCUAGCACAUGUGCUGGAGGUUUCCAACGCCGAGUCGUUGUGUGCCAGGAUGAGAACGGUUACCCUGCCAACAGCUGCGAGGACCGCAACCGACCCACUGAGCAACGAUCCUGUGAGUCAGGCCCGUGUCCCCAAUGGGUCUACGGCAACUGGGGCGAGUGCACUAAACCUUGUGGCGGUGGGAUAAAAACGAGGCUGGUGGUGUGCCAGCGUCCCAACGGAGAACGCUUCAACGAUCUAAGCUGUGAGAUCCACGACAAGCCACCAGAUCGGGAGCAGUGCAAUACUCAGCCGUGUCCUUCUAGUCCUCACUGGAGCACAGACCCAUGGAGCUCGUGCUCGGCCUCCUGUGGAAGAGGUGUGAAAUCCCGCAAGGUGAGCUGCGUGACCGGGUCCGGCCGCUCCAUCCAGGAUGAAAACUGCCGUCACUCGUCCCCCAAACCCAGCAAGCAGAGGCGAUGCCGAGGCGGAAGGUGCCCCAAGUGGAAGACUGGCGGCUGGGGAGAGUGUUCAGCCUCAUGCGGUGACGGAGUUCAGCGGAGGGAGGUUUUCUGUCAGGUUGGAGACCGGCGUAGCCCCGCGGAGACCGGCUGUGCCCAGCGCUCUCGUCCGCCGUCCAGCCAGAGCUGCCGUGUCGCAGACUGUCCCUCUCGCUACCGCUGGAGAGAAGGGGACUGGCAGGCGUGCAGUAAGUCCUGCGGAUCGGGCCAUCGAAGGAGAGCAUUGCAGUGCAUUGAUUACAACCAUCACGAGGUCCAUGAAAUGUACUGCGUGAACCAGAUCAGACCGCCGGACAUAGAGAGCUGCAACACACAGGCUUGUGAGCUAAUCUGGAUCACUGGGGAGUGGACGGAGUGCUCGGUGAGCUGUGGUCAGGGCUACCGACAGCGUCUUGUCUCCUGCAGUGAGGUGCACGUGGAAAACGACAACUACGAGUACGGCCAUCAGUCUUUGUCCAAUUGCCCUGGAACCCCCCCAGAGGGCUACAUGCCCUGUAAUCUAGGCACAUGUCCACCUCCACAGGAGUGGAGGGCUGGAGUCUGGGGACCGUGCUCGGUAAGCUGUGGGGACGGUGUGGCAGAGAGGACAGUGCAGUGUGUGUCGGCAGACGGACGAGAAAGCAACAGGUGUUCUCCAAGCGAAGAGCCUGACAGCAGAAAAGUCUGCAGUAAUCCAAGCUGCAAUUUGCCUUUGAGCUGUCUUGACAUUCAGAGCAUAAGCGGCCCCAUUCCAGACAGUGAACACUUUCUCAGUGUUCAAGGAAAAGCUUUCAAGGUCUAUUGUGCAGGAAUGCAGACGGAGACUCCACAGGAGUACAUCACCUUGACAACUGGAGAAGAGGAGAAUUUUUCUGAGAUCUUUGGCUUCAGGCUCAACGACCCUACUCAGUGUCCUGCCAACGGCUCCAGAAGAGAAGACUGCGACUGCCGAAGGGACUACACCGCCGCAGGCAUGACCACCUUCUCUAAAGUGCGCCUGGACCUGAGACGGAUGAACGUCAUCACUUCAGAUUGGCGGUUUGCUUUCACUCGUGACGGCAAGAGUCCUGUCCCGUUUGCCACAGCCGGAGACUGCUACAGUCUGGCCAACUGUCCACAGGGACGGUUUAGAAUCAACUUGUCAGGAACAGGUUUCAAGGUGGCUGAGGAAAUCACCUGGAUCUCCCAGGGAAACUAUGCUGUCACUCGUAUCCAGAAAUCGCAGGAUGGCAGCAGAGUGACAGGGAUCUGCGGAGGGUACUGUGGAAAAUGUACGCCGUCCUCUGGUGACGCUCUGCCUGUCACAGUUGAAUAGAUCUGCAGCAACAAAACAGCGCUGUGUAUUCUUCUUCUGGUGCUCAAUUUCCCUCCUCAUCAAUGGUGCUACGGCCAACUUGGAGCUCAAACUCAUCCAUCACCUCUUUGACUCAUUGUGUGUGUGUGUAUAGUGUAAAUUAUUCCACUGUAAGUACUGUAAAUAGACCGAUCAAAUCUAUUAUUUAUUCUACUGGCCAUUUAUUUUUGUAUUGUAAAAUAAUUUAAAGGUUUUGUUGUCAAACGCUUGCGCUAAAUAUGCUAGUAUUAAUGCAGUUUAUGUCAGAUUUGCCUUCCACAUUUUAUCAUUAAUGUUUACCUUUAAAGUUACUGUGCAGUGCAGCCAUAUAUGUGUAUGCGUGUGUGAGUGUGUGUUUGCUUCUCUCCAAUAAGUCCAGUAAUCGCCUUGUGAUGGUGUCCAAACCAAAUGUUCUCAUGCAGUCUUCUUUUGAAAAAACAAUUACUCCUCAAGCAGCAGCAGCAGCAUUUAUACGUACAAGCAUUAUGUAACGGCUGUUAGCUGCCGGACCUUUAAGAAGUUGUCCUGCGGUAAGUCGAUCCGACUCUGUGCGUUUCUGCUUCCACUUACUGAGCCGCUGAACUCCUUCGCGACCUCCGUGCUUAAAUUCCCCUCCCUUACAUACGCGGUCCAGCUAAAUUUUCCUCGGAUCUGCUGCGUUUGAGGCUGAUCCGAUCUGAAACCGGUUGUCUGAACCCAACUGGACUGCGUGGGAAUCCUUCCUCGCUGCUAACUCUGGCUUUCAUUCGCUUGGACUGGAGAGAGGAGGAGGUUGGAGGUUGUUUAAGUAAGUGGAAAUCUACGGGGUCAGGUGCUAUGAAAAUGUUUCUACUAUGCAGUUUGGCUUCUACAGAUUCUCAACGUCUUGGGGACAAAGUUACCCGGGUGGUAAAAAA